UUUGAUCGAUCUGUCAAAGUGAAAGAAGUGAAAUUUUGUUGGGUCGUGUUUCUGCAGCAGAUUUUUGAAGAAAAUUUAAUUUUUACUGUUUUCUAGUGAUUUUACACCUUACAAAGCAUCCUGGAAAGCAAAAUGCUAUCUUCGGGUUCGGCGGCCAUCGGAGUCAGUGCUCUCACUGCGGCGAAUUACGGAAAUGACCGCAAUGACGUGGUCGAGUAUGCCAACGAAGGAGGAUUCUUCCACGCAGAUUACAAAAAGCAUGACGAUUUGAAGCAGAUGCUGGACAGCAACAAAGACAGUCUGAAACUGGAAGCGAUGAAACGUAUCAUUGGAAUGAUUGCCAAAGGUCGAGAUGCUUCGGAUCUGUUUCCGGCUGUGGUGAAAAAUGUUGUCUCCAAGAACAUUGAGGUCAAGAAGUUGGUCUACGUCUAUCUGGUCCGUUAUGCGGAGGAACAGCAAGAUUUGGCCUUGCUCUCCAUAUCGACAUUCCAGCGCGCCCUGAAGGAUCCCAACCAGUUGAUUCGAGCCAGCGCUUUGAGGGUUCUGUCCAGUAUCCGGGUGUCGAUGAUUGUUCCGAUCGUUAUGCUGGCCAUUCGCGAUUCGGCCUCGGAUAUGAGUCCUUAUGUGAGGAAAACUGCGGCCCAUGCUAUUCCCAAAUUGUACCAUUUGGAUCCGGAGCAGAAGGAAGAACUCAUUACCGUAAUUGAGAAGCUUCUGGCCGACAGGACUACUCUCGUUGUUGGGUCAGCUGUAAUGGCUUUCGAGGAGGUUUGUCCGGACCGGACGGAUUUGAUUCACAAGAAUUACCGGAAGUUGUGCAAUCUGCUGGUCGAUGUUGACGAGUGGGGUCAGGUGUUGAUUAUCAACAUGCUGACGCGAUACGCCAGGACUCAGUUUGUGGAUCCAAAUUUGGACGAAUUCAACGAUGAAGAAGACGAAGAAAACAAACCUUUCUAUGAAGACGAUUCUUCGGAAUCGGAACAGCCAAAAACUGCGGUGAAAUCUCCAAGGAAAACCUACUCCUUGGACAUUGACCACCGUCUAAUUCUCCGUCAAGCCAAGCCACUACUUCAAAGUAGAAAUGCUUCCGUCGUGAUGGCCGUUGCGCAGCUUUAUCACCACAUUGCACCCAGAAGUGAAGUCACGAUUGUGGCGAAAGCCUUGAUUCGACUGCUGCGAAGUCAUAAGGAAGUGCAAAGUGUCGUUCUCACGUGCAUUGCUUCGAUGUCGGUGGAGCGGAAAUCGAUUUUCGAACAGUACUUAAAGUCGUUCUUUGUCAGGUCAAGCGAUCAAACCCACAUCAAGCUUUUGAAGUUGGACAUUUUAACAAACUUGGCGACGGAAACGAGCAUUUCGGUGAUUCUUCGAGAGUUUCAAACCUACAUCAGCAGCAACGAUAAGGACUUCGUUGCUUCUACCAUCCAGGCUAUUGGGAGAUGCGCAGCGUCGAUUCGUGAAGUGACGGACACGUGCUUGAACGGGUUGGUGCAUUUGCUGUCCAAUAAAGAUGAAUACGUGGUGGCGGAAAGCGUUGUGGUCAUCAAAAAAUUGCUGCAAACGCAGAAGGAGGAACAUUUCGAUAUUAUUACUCAAAUGGCGAAACUGCUGGACUUCAUUCAGGUGCCAGCCGCACGAGAUUCCAUUCUGUGGUUGAUUGGAGAAUACAACGAAAAGGUACCGAAAAUUGCACCGGACGUUCUGCGAAAGCUAGCCAAAUCGUUUAUCGACGAAGAGGAUGUCGUUAAGCUGCAGGUCUUGAAUCUCGCCGUCAAACUUUAUCUGACCAAUCCGCAGCAAACGGAACUGCUUUGCCAGUAUGUGUUUAAUUUGGCCCGUUACGAUCAAAACUAUGACAUCAGAGAUCGCGCGCGAUUUUUGAAGCAGUUCAUAUUCCCGGCAGGAGGAAAGCAAACCGUUUUGUCGCAAAAUGCGAAGAACAUCUUCUUGGCCGAGAAGCCAGCUCCAACUCUUGAAAGCAAAUAUCACGGGAGAAAGCGUUUCCAGCUUGGAUCACUGUCUCAUUAUUUGAACAUGAGAGUCAACGGUUAUCAGGACUUACCUCCAUUCCCGGAAGCUGCUCCCGACAGCUCCGUCCGGAAUGUUGAGAUUCCUUCGGAGUACGGACAUCCAACGCAUACCGGAGAUGCAGAAAAGAAUGACGAAAACGCUCCUGUCGGAAAAACGCGAGAUAAGAAGCAUACAAAAACUAAGUCGUUUUACUCCGAAUCGGAGAAAAGCUCAUCGGAGGACGAAACGAGUUCUGGGUCAGGUUCUAGCUCAAGUGGUUCGUCUGGUUCAGGAUCCGAAUCCGGCUCAGAAUCAGAUUCAGAUGAUGGAAAUGGAAACGAGAUAUCGAAAACGGCGUACAACGAAGUCGACGGCGCUACCAAGUCGAAAGAGGAUUUCGAAUCGCUAGCCUCAGGAUCGGAGGAUGAGAGCGAGGACAGCAGUAGCAGCAGCAGUGGCAGUUAUGAUAGCUCAUCUAGUGAUGAUGAAGAUAGUAAAAAGAGUUCCAGUGCAUCGGAAUCCGAAAAACGGAAUCCCAAACAGGAAAAAUCAAAUAAAUCCGUUGCUAAAACUUCUAAACCAUCCCAGAAGAGUAAUCUUGAUUUGCUGCUUGAUUUGGACGACAUUCCACCAGUUGGACCGAUAAUGACUCCUUCUCUUGGCGGUUUCCUGACUCCAAUGACUGGAACGAUUACCGACAACCAGACGCUAUCUAAUGUUAUAGAUCUGGUUGGCCCAAGUUACAUUCCCAUCAAGUCCCAUGAGCUGUUAAACAAAGUCAAUGGGUUCGGUCUUGGAAUCACAUACCGCUUUACAAGAGCUCCUCAUCUUUAUUCCGCCAAAAUGAUAUCAAUUGAGCUGACCUUUACAAACCACGGAAACGUGGAGCUGACUGACGUCCAAAUCAACAAGAAGAACAUCCAAUCUGGAAUGUCGCUCAAAGAAACGGCAACGAUUGAAAUGCUCAAUCCGAAACAAUCUUGGACCGGCGUUCUCGGGCUUGAUUUCAAUGACUCAACACAACCGGCUAACUUUGAAAUCAAGUCAGGUAGCGGAACAAGUAAAGUAACGCUAAAAGCCCCCGUCGGAGAACUCAUCCGAUCGGUUAUGUUGUCGGAAUCGCUAUUCCUAACGGAACGAGCGAAACUGAGGGGAAUGACCGAACACACGUCCAGUUUUCAGUUGCAUCCUUCACUAACGGUGCAGAACAGGUCUUUGCACCAGAAGAUCUUUGAGGUGGCCAAUGUGGCCAACGUUGCCAGUUCGGAACCGGACAAGAUUCUGUUUGCCGCUCAGACCAUGAGUUCGGAAAGUUUAGUUCUGAUUUUGUUAAAUGUAAAGGAUGGAUCGGAAUGCUCACUGACGGUGAAUUGUGACAAAAUGGUAGUUGGUUCUAUGUUACUAAAUGAGAUUAAGGCAGCAAUUAAAAACUAAAUUUAGGCAUUAUGCUGCAUUUAUACUGAAUCUUUAUAUUAUAUUUUAUCUAUCCACUAAUAAUGGUAAGAUCCAAAACUAUUGCUUCUAUACUAAAGCAUACAAAUAAUAAAUGUCACAGCAUGCGUGAAAAGAUGUAGAA